AUGCCUCCCACUACCCAUCGGACCAAUGCCAGAAAAUCCCAAAGUUUCCAUAUUAGGCGGGCAUCGCCGACAUUACUAAAUAUAUCACUCGCAAAUACAGAGGGCGUGGAAAUGUCUUUUGAACAGACAUCGUCAGGGUCAGGGCCCGUGGACCAUCAUCUAGAGCAACAAAGCACGAGUUUAAGCUCUUAUCAUAAAAUAGGGACGGUAAGACCCCAGCAUGCGCUUACCGUGGGUGGCAGCUCGAGCCCUUCCAGCCACGUCUCUAAAAGCACGCUCCCAGCAUUUGGGGCUGGCAAGCCAUAUCCACCCCCCUUGCCAGAAAAAGAGGAAUACGUUGUUGAAUUCGACGGACCAGGAGAUCCUCUCUAUCCCCAGAAUUGGGGUCGAGCCCGCAAGCUUUUCGCUGCGACAAUUUUAGCUUUCACGAGCAUGACUUCCACAUUCGAUUCUUCCAUAUUCACCUCAUCAACCCACCAUGUAGCCGAAACCUUUCAUAUUGGCGUCGAAGUUGGAACGCUUUCCAGCUCACUCUACAUUAUUGGCUACGCAUUUGGGCCCUUGAUAUGGGCACCUUUUUCCGAGCUUACUGGUCGCCGGAUACCUGUUUUGAUUGGCAUGUUUGGCUUCGGAGUCUUCAACGUUGCCGUAGCGACAUCCAAAGACUUACAAACCCUCCUGAUAUCACGAUUUUUCUCGGGCAUCUUUGGAAGCUGUCCGUUAACAGUUGUAGCCGCGAUAUUUUCUGAUAUAUAUGAUGAUCGCUCACGCGGCAGCGCAAUAGCGGUUUACGCGAGCACUGUCUUCCUAGGGCCAUUGUUAACGCCUUUGAUUGGCGGUUUCAUCGAUUUAUUCCUCGGUUGGCGUUGGACGGCCUACAUUCCAGCCUUGAUGGGAUUUCUUUCAUUCAUCCUAAAUGCCUUAUUACUACGGGAAUCCUACCCUCCGGUAGUCUUGACGUAUAAAGCGAAGCAGCUACGUCGACUGACCCAAAAUUGGGGAAUCCACUCGAAGCAAGAAGAAAUCGAAAUUGAUCUAAGAGAGCUAGUAACAAAAAACUUUUCCCGCCCCCUCAGAUUGCUUAUGACAGAACCGAUGCUGCUGGCAGUAACGCUCUAUCUAAGCUUUAUAUAUGGGCUUCUAUACUGCUUCCUCACGGCCUACACAGCCGUCUUUCAGGGAGUCUAUCAUAUGGCACCAGGGGUCAGUGGCUUACCCUUUUUUGGCAUGAUUGUUGGUUUGCUUGUGGCAACAGCAUAUAUUGUGCUUUCCAGCCCUGGGUACAACAGGAAACUGGCCCGGAACGAUGGGAUUCCUGUCCCUGAAUGGCGCCUUCCACCAGUUAUAUUCGGCGGAGUCCUAUUCGCUGGCGGAUUGUUUUGGUUUGGAUGGACCGGAUUUAGUAAUAAAAUCCAUUGGAUUGUUCCGACUCUGAGCGGCUUAUUUACUGGUUUCGGGCUCCUAACAAUUUUCAUUCAAAUCUUCAACUACAUUAUCGAUACGCACUCUGAAGAGUAA